AUGGCCUCAAAAACGUCUUCCGAUAAUGCUAAAUCUUCUCAGCCUUGGAAGACUACUCUCUUGGGCGCGGUAUUUUACCAGGGUGAUCUCCCACUAGAAGUCAUCAACCACUCGUUUAGCGGGUCUGGCAGCAAAGAGGAUCCCUACCUUGUUGGCUGGUUGCCUGAAGAUGAAGGCAAUCCUAUGACCUUUCGUGACACCAGAAAAUGGCUCCUAAACCUGCUCGGUGCCUUCUCUGCGUUUACAGUUGCACUCGCGUCCUCAGCCUACUCAGGUGGGUUAGCGAAAAUUACCAGGUACUUUGCAAUAAGCGACGAGGUCGCCUUGCUAGGGGUCUCGCUGUUUGUCAUCGGUUUUGCCGUUGGUCCCCUUUUGUGGGCUCCACUAAGUGAGAGCUAUGGUCGCCGCUAUGUUUUCAUCGCAAGUGGCGCCGCGUUGAUCGCAACUCUGGCUGGCACAGCGGGGGCACACAAUAUCGAGACCCUGCUGGUGUUGCGAUUUCUCGCCGGUAGCUUGGGUUCUGCGCCCAUGGCCAUCGCAGGAGGAUUAAUUGCCGAUCUUUUUCCUCCGGCAAGCCGGGGUCUGGCUCUCGGGCUAUUCGUGGUUGCCCCUUUCUUAGGGCCAGCCUUGGGGCCCAUCAUCGGGGGCUUCAUGGUGGAAAGAGGGGGAUGGCGUUGGGUUGAGGGGCUUCUGGCCAUCAUUGCAUGUGUUCAAUGGCUGGCAAUCCUUUUCUUCAUGCCUGAGACAUACACCCCUGUCCUCUUGAAACGACGAGCGCAGCGGUUGUCCAAGCUCACCGGCCAGAUAUAUCGCAGCACAAUGGAGGUAAAUCACGCCGCUUCAAACAUGAUGGUUACCCUCUCUCGACCUUGGGUGCUCCUUUUUCGUGAACCCAUUGUGCUCCUGAUAUCUAUCUAUAUGUCCAUCAUUUACGGCACCUUAUACAUGUUUUUUGCCGCAUACCCUAUCAUCUUUCAGAAAAUACGUAGAUGGGAUGAAGGGCUUGGUGGACUGAGCUUUUUAGGAAUCAUGGUCGGGAUUCUGUCCUCUAUCCCUAGCAUGUUCAUCGGCCACGCCCGCUACCGGAAGAAGGCAUCUAAAGGGGCCAAACGGCUGGCUCCAGAAAUACGUCUCCCCGAUUGCUUCAUAGCUAGUAUCGCCCUCCCGAUCGGGCUCUUCUGGUUUGCCUGGACGAAUUCUCUUAGCAUUCAUUGGAUCGUGCCUAUCCUAGCUGGUGUUCCAUUCGGAUAUGGGUGUAUCAUGGUAUUCUUGCCUUGCUUGAACUAUCUAGUGGACUCCUAUACCAUCUACGCGGCCUCGGUGCUGGCAGCGAAUUCCGCUUUGCGUUCACUUUUUGGUGCGGCAUUUCCUCUCUUCACGGGCAAAAUGUAUGAGAAUCUCGGGGUUCACUGGGCAGCAUCGGUUCCUGCCUUCAUGGCACUAGCCUGUGUUCCCAUACCAUACUUGUUCUAUGUCUAUGGUGCUCGGAUUCGAAAAAGAUGCCACUAUGCUGCUGAGGCAGAUGCUUUUAUGAACCGUAUCUUGGGUCUGUCCUCUGAGUCGGCCCCUUGA